AUGGAUGGAGUGAAGUUCUGUGAAGAAUGUCAACUGAAAAAGUCCAGUGUCCGGAAGUCUGUGGUUGUCAAGCCAAUUCUCUCGAACAGCAUGAAUUCAAGGUGCCAGGUUGACUUGAUUGACAUGCAGAGUCAGCAAGACGGGGAGUAUCGGUUCAUUUUGAACUACCAAGAUCACCUAACUAAGUUUGUGUGCCUCCGACCUCUGAAGACGAAAACUGCUGAGGAGGUCGCCUACCACCUGGUAGACAUAUUCUGCGACAAAGGUGCUCCUCAUAUCCUACAAUCUGACAAUGGUCGAGAGUUUUGCAAUAAGUUGAUUACGGAAGUCCUCGUCCUGUGGCCCGGGUGCAAGUUAGUCCAUGGCAAACCACGUCAUUCUCAAUCUCAAGGUUCUGUAGAAAGGGCUAACAAAGACGUUGAAGCAAUACUUGCCUGCUGGCAAAAAGAUUAUAACACAACAAAAUGGUCUGAGGGACUGCGCUUCGUGCAAUGGCAGAAGAACACACGGUUUCACAGAGGAAUUGGGAGAACACCCUAUGAAGCAAUGUUUGGCCAGAAAUCUCAUCUUGGCGUUACUGCAACGAAUUUACCGGAGGACGUAGUGGAUGGAUUAGAGACGGAGGAGCAGCUCGCUGAAGCAUUAGCAGCUGAUAACAUUCAGGACAGCACAACUUCCAUGUGCAAGGACUGUGGAGGUCCUUGCUCUAUGGAUGAUGAUAUCUGCCAUCUCUGUGAACGAAAGCUGGGGAUUCAAGCUGAACGAGAAGGAGCUAGAAGAAAGCAACACAGUCAAGCAGAGAAAAUGCAGCUGGUGUCAACUAUGCGAUUCAAGAAAGCGGAGGUCGGUGACAGUGUAAUGGUUCCGAUCCCCUCUUGUUGA